CAGAAGGAGGUGGAGGCGGCGGUGGCAGCCGUUGGAGCGGAGGUGGCGGGAGCGGCGGGAGCCCGAGGCGGCGGCGCUCGCGGCCCAUCGCGGGGCCCGAGCUGUGCGCCUCGGCCCGGAGCCCGGAGAAGGCUGGGGCGCCGACGUACCUUUGCCUGCCUUUUCGAGGAGGCGGGAGUGAGGAAAAAGGCUUAGGGCCCGGGGGGCGGGGAAGGGGGGCCGGGCCUGGAUCCGCGGGGAGGCCGAGCCAGAGGCCCGACUGUGGCUCGCGCGGUCCUGGGGACACAAAUCGAACGGCGGCGGUGCGGAUCGAACGGCGGCGGCGGGUGGAUUGAGGGGUCCUGAAGGCGCGCGUUUGGGGGCUAUGGCGUCCGUGCAGGCGUCCCGCCGCCAGUGGUGCUACCUGUGCGACCUGCCCAAGAUGCCAUGGGCCAUGGUGUGGGACUUCAGUGAGGCCGUGUGCCGCGGCUGCGUGAACUUCGAGGGCGCAGAUCGCAUCGAGCUGCUCAUCGAUGCUGCCCGCCAGCUCAAGCGCAGCCACGUGCUCCCCGAGGGCCGCUCGCCGGGGCCCCCGGCCCUCAAGCACCCGGCCACUAAGGAACUAGCUGCCGCCGCCGCACAGGGUCCUCAGUUGCCGCCUCCACAGGCCCAGGCCCAGCCAUCGGGAGCAGGCGGCGCUGUCUCGGGCCAGGACCGCUAUGACAGGGCCACAUCAUCUGGUCGCCUCCCACUCCCCUCGCCCGCCCUGGAGUACACCUUGGGGUCGCGCCUGGCCAAUGGGCUGGGCCGCGAGGAGGCUGUGGCAGAGGGGGCGCGAAGGGCCCUGCUUGGCUCCAUGCCCGGCUUGGUGCCCCCCGGGCUGCUGGCAGCUGCGGUGUCUGGCCUGGGAAGCCGAGGCCUGACGCUGGCACCCGGCUUGAGCCCUGCCCGUCCACCCUUCGGCUCCGAUUUCGAGAAGGAGAAGCAGCAGAGGAACGCGGACUGUCUGGCAGAACUGAAUGAGGCCAUGAGGGGCCGGGCAGAGGAAUGGCAUGGGCGCCCCAAAGCUGUGCGGGAACAGCUGCUGGCGCUGUCUGCCUGCGCCCCUUUCAAUGUCCGCUUCAAAAAGGAUCACGGGCUGGUGGGUCGGGUGUUCGCCUUCGAUGCUACUGCCCGCCCGCCGGGCUACGAGUUUGAGCUGAAGCUCUUCACCGAAUACCCCUGUGGUUCUGGCAACGUGUAUGCAGGAGUCCUGGCCGUGGCUCGUCAGAUGUUUCAUGAUGCUCUGCGGGAGCCAGGCAAGGCACUGGCCUCAUCAGGCUUCAAGUACCUCGAAUAUGAACGCCGACACGGUUCAGGGGAAUGGCGCCAGCUGGGGGAGCUGCUAACCGAUGGUGUCCGCAGCUUCCGAGAGCCAGCUCCCGCCGAGGCCCUACCGCAGCAAUACCCAGAGCCAGCCCCCGCAGCUCUGUGUGGCCCACCCCCACGAGCCCCAUCCCGGAAUCUGGCUCCCACGCCGCGCCGUCGCAAGGCGUCCCCUGAACCUGAGGGUGAGGCCGCUGGGAAGAUGACCACGGAGGAGCAGCAGCAGCGACACUGGGUGGCACCCGGUGGCCCAUACUCCAAUGACACCCCUGGUGUGCCCUCACCCAUCGCCGCUCUGAAGAACGUGGCGGAAGCCCUGGGCCACUCCCCCAAGGACCCUGGUGGGGGUGGUGGCCCUGUUCGUGCAGGGGGUGCCAGCCCGGCAGCUUCUUCCACAGCCCAGCCUCCAGCCCAGCAUCGUCUAGUGGCCCGCAACGGUGAGGCAGAAGUUAGCCCCACUGCAGGGGCAGAAGCAGUUAGCGGGGGUGGUAGUGGUACUGGGGCGACCCCUGGGGCCCCCCUGUGCUGUACCCUGUGCAGGGAGCGGCUGGAAGACACCCACUUCGUCCAGUGCCCCUCAGUGCCCGGACACAAGUUUUGCUUUCCCUGCUCACGGGAGUUCAUCAAGGCACAGGGCCCUGCUGGGGAGGUGUACUGCCCCAGUGGAGACAAGUGCCCGCUAGUGGGCUCCUCCGUCCCCUGGGCCUUCAUGCAGGGCGAGAUCGCCACCAUCCUUGCUGGAGACAUCAAGGUUAAGAAAGAACGGGACCCCUAGGCCACCACUGCCAUCAGUCUACUGCCCACCCCCACCCCCUUGCUACCUACCGCUCCUGCGGAUAAAUUAUUCCCUCCCCCACCCAGCCCAGUGCCUCCCCUCCCUGUGUACAUACCCCCUUCCUUAUCCCAGAUGGGCCCCCUGGGGUAGAUGCAUUGAGGGUGGGGGGAGAAAGCUUGUGGCUUCUGUCCGAGGGGGUGUUUGGGGGGUCCCUAGACCCCUCCAGUUUCCCUCUCCCCUCCUUGGCUUGGCUUUGCUGCUGCUUGUAGUUGGGGGGAGAGGUGCCCCCCUUCUUGAGACGGGGCCUCCUGAAAUCUCGCUCUUUAUAAACGAAGCAAAAGCAUUUUAUUCCCCCCCCAUCCCCUUUUCCUCCUUCAAUAAACUGAAAGAUGGGUUUUUUC